AUGAGUGCGAGUAUGAGCGUUCCUACUGCGCUUGGCUCGUUGCUGCUAGGCGGUCUAUUUGCCUCACUUUUAUCCGGCGUUGUAGCAACCGAUGUUGUUGCCUACUUCCGUGUUUACAAGGCCGAUGCGCCAGGCUUGAAGGCGCUCAUUCUUGCUAUUGGGGCUCUCGACCUUUUCCACACCGGCCUUAUUUGGACCGCGAUGUGGGAGUACGCUAUAGCGAACUGGGGCCUGACCUCCCGGAUCGACUACAUUCCGUGGAGCAUAGCGCUCACAGUCCUUAUCACAGCCAUUGUGACUUUCCUCGUUCAUUGCUUCUUUGCGCAACGGAUAUUUCGCCUAAGCAAACGAAACUGGUACAUGGCUGCCUCAGUAGUUUUCUUUGCUCUUGUGCGGCUUGCUGCCGCUUCAGUAUCGACAGCAGAAAUGCUUCGUUAUAAAAGCUUUCCUGUCUAUAUGGUCCACUCUCGCUGGAUCCUCACAUUCGGCCUUUCCAUGUCGUCCUGCGUCGACAUUCUCAUUACUGCCUUACUUCUGUACCUCUUCAAGGGGAGCCGAAGACCCAAAGGCUCGCAUCUCAACCAAGUGCUGGACCAGAUGUCAUUAUAUGCAUUCGAGACAGGCAGCCUAACUUGUCUGGGGACCAUUGCGACGAUGAUCUGUUGGAUCACGAUGCACCAUAACCUCGUCUUUCUCGGUUUGCACUUUGCUAUUGGCAAGUUGUACGCGAUCUCUCUGUUAGUCACCCUCAACACGAGGGAGGGCAUUCGUCGCAGUCGUGCGACUAUGCUGGCGGAGCGUGGGGGCGUCCUCGUGCUGCCAGCGGAGAUUCCUUCAGAUAAAAACUCCUCGUCUGGCCACGGCACAUAUUAG